AUGGACACCCUCUCGCACAGCCCGCGCGCCCUGCGCCUGCUCCAUCAGUCCACUCCCGCCUUGAUCGCCCUAUGCUUCUGCGUCGGCGUCACUCUCGAAGUCGCCUUCCGCCUCCCUCCCAAGCCGAGGCCAGCUCAGAAGUCAUGGCGGACGGCUGCCGUCUACCUCUCGUGGCUCCUCAUCUUCACCUAUGCGAGCGAGCUCGCGCUCUUCGUGACUCGAUCCCUCGUCGACCGCGGCUGGUGGGCCGCACAGGACAGCGUCGUAUUCGUCGUGGCCUCUAUCCUGCUCUGGGGCAUCACCACCUUGAUUCUAGCCGACUCGGAGUCUCCCCGGUGGACGCCUUACGUCGCUUCUUGGAUCCUCGGCCUGACCCUGGAGAUUGCCAUGUGCGCGCUUUCCGUCUCCACCUACCCUGACCCCGAUCGCUUUUCCGGCGCUCAAUGGGCUGUUAUGAUUGCGCGCUUGGCCGUCUUUGCCCUACUGGCUCUUGUCGGCGUCGCCUUCUUGUUGCCUCCAAAGGAGGAGAAAGAACAGGGUCCCGACGAAGAACGUCAGUCGCUACUCACUGCCGCUUCGGCCGAGACCCAGCCCAGCACAACAUACGGAUCUAUUGCAGAGGAUGCGAAAGAAGCUGGGCCCGAGAGCGAGGAUGACGAGAAAGAAGUCAAAGAGCGCCAGCGCCAGCGCCUUCUGGACGCCGGUGGCUGGUGGGCUUACCUCAAGAGCUUCUUCAUUCUCUUUCCUAUCAUUUGGCCCUCGCGAAACCGCAAGAUCCAAUUCUACCUGCUCGUCAUGGUUCUCUGCACGCUAACCGAACGAGUUUUCAACGUUCUCAUCCCACGCCAAGUGGGUAUCAUAACCAACCAGCUAGCAGAAGACUGGGACACUGGGCGAAUUCCCCUCCGAGCAAUCCUCAUCUGGAUUGGCCUGCAGUUACUGAACUCCAGAGUCGGCAUCGACAGCAUCUUUUCGAUGCUCUCAACGGUAGUGGAGCAAUUUUCCUCGGCACAACUCACCAAAGCUGCUUUCAAACACGUAAUGGGCCUUUCGAUGAAUUUCCACACGGAAAAAAACUCGGGAGAGCUGUUGAAGGCUGUUGAGCAGGGUCACUCGAUCACAGCCAUUUUGGAAUACAUUUUCUUCGAAACCAUUCCUCUCAUCAUGGAUCUGGUCGCCGCUUUUGUCUACCUUUCCAAUCUUUUCGACGAGUAUCUGGCCCUGACUGUGGUGGCUCUCGCCGUUACCUACCUGUACUCCACAAUACGACUCACCGCCUACAACAGAGAACGACGCAGAGUCUUCAUUGACAAGUACAUGAAGGAGAACUCGAUCAUGUACGAAUCGGUGAGCAAUUGGCAAACAGUGGCAUACUUCAAUCGUGGAGCCUAUGAGCAGACGCGGCUCAACGAUGCUGUACAUGAACACAGUGAUUCGUUCGUCAAGUACAGCUUCACGUACAAUCUGAUCUUCGCGACUCAGGCCUUGAUCACCUCCUCAGGUCUUCUGGCUGCCAGUCUUAUUGCGGCAUAUCGCAUUUCCCAGGGUACUGCUAGCGUUGGAAGCUUCGUCACUCUCGUGCAAUACUGGGGAACAUUGUCUUACCCGCUCUCGAACCUCGCCCAUUCAUAUAGCCGACUUUCAUCUGAUCUUAUCGAUGCCGAACGGAUGCUUCAGCUCUUCCUCACCAAAACCAGCAUCGUCGAAAGACCCAACGCUCCGGAUCUCAAGGUAGAAGGAGGCCACGUCGAGUAUGACGAGGUCGGCUUUGCUUACGACCCACGCAAACCAACUCUGGAUACGAUCAGUUUCGAGGCCAAACCCGGCCAGACCAUAGCACUUGUCGGCGAGACGGGAAGUGGCAAAUCCACAGUCUUGAAGCUUCUUCUUCGGUUCUAUGACGUGACAAGCGGCAGUAUCAGGAUUGACGGACAGGAUCUCCGCGAUGUCACGCUUGACAGCUUGCGCGAGGUGGUUGGCGUCGUCCCACAAGACCCGUCAAUGUUCAACAUGUCCAUCAUGGAGAACAUCCGCUAUGCGCGUCUGGAUGCUUCCGACGAGGAGGUGCAUGCAGCUUGCCGCGCUGCUGCCGUGCAUGACAAGAUUGUAAGCUUCCCGGAUGGGUACAAAUCCAAGGUUGGCGAGCGUGGCGUCAAGCUCUCUGGAGGAGAGUUGCAGCGUGUCGCCAUUGCUCGCGUCCUUCUAAAGAACCCUCAGCUGGUCCUUCUCGAUGAAGCAACUUCGGCUGUGGAUUCAGCUACAGAGAUACAGAUCCAAGAAGCUUUCCGAAAGCUCAGCAAGGGCCGGACGACAUUCGUGGUUGCCCAUCGUCUUUCCACCAUCAUGGAUGCAGACUUGAUCCUUGUUCUCGAAAACGGCAAGAUAAUAGAGCGCGGAACUCAGGAAGAGCUAUUGCAACUUGGCGGAAAAUACGUGGAUUUGUGGACGAAGCAGACUUCGAGACGGACAGAGAGUACCGCGAAAAACUCGAUAGGCAGCUCGGACUCUUUGAUCGAUGAUGUUCAUCAAGACCUGACUGGCACGGUCAGUCUACUUGAGCAGUUGGAUGGCCAAAGCGAUGAAACAGACGACGGAUGCUGCAGCAAUCUGCGUGCUAAGCUGGCAACGAAACUCAAGAUGAGCAGCGUCAGCGCCAGGGACGAUGCGACAGACGAGCCAGAGGAAAGAUCCCUUGGGGAGAUAAACAUGGUCUCUCCAAGACCAACGUUCUGCGAGGAUGAUGGAAGAGCCGGUUUGCCGAACAACCUGAAGGAGCAACACACCGAGGACAACGGACGAGAUCCAGUCGGAAGCAGGGAUGAGUGUGAUAGUCAGGCCGAGUCAGGAACGGCGUAUACUUCUGGCGACGAGGAGCAACACAGUGGUGGGUACAAAAAGAAAUGA